GUUUGCAGAAAAUGAAUAAGUCUUUCCAGAAUGCUGCGGGAAUCUUAAAAGCUUUCAAACUGUUCUGUGUGUAUGUGGCGGUUUUUAUUGUUUGUACCAGGUGACUGGAUACGGGAGGGUGAUGAAUUUUGGGGGAAAGCAGCAAAGCAGUCCUUUGUUAGGUCACUUGCUUUGAGUGCUCUCUGCAAGAAAUGGAAUGGAGUGCUGGUACUAAAUCACUUCUUAAGAUCUGUAGGAAACAGGGCUCAGAGGAUUCUGCAGAGCUAGCGUUGUUCGACUUCUUUGAAAAGGCAGUAGGUUAUCCUUCUGGUGGCAUGAUUGGAAGACUGUAGCUGCUACUUGUAGGUGGUAAUGAAGAUGCAGCAUGUAGGACUUGACAUUCACAGCAUUUUUUUUUUUUUGUCGCCUGUUUGUUGCACGUGCUGUGCAAGAUUUACUCUUUAACAUCUUGACUAAAUCUAUUCUCUACAAAUUUCCCUUGAGGAGUAGGAGCAGUGUUAUUGCUUGUAGUACACAUUUCAGUGUGCUGUUAAGCGGGAUGGUUCAAUGCUUGGGUAAGUACAGCUGAGGUUAAUGUUAAAAACAGUCUUGUCUUUUGUCUCUCUCUUUUUAAAAAUUUCCAAACCCCACUCAUUUUCUUAAAUCUCGAAAGUUUUCUUGCGUUCCUUGUUAAGAAGGGAGUAAGUAGUUUUUCUUGGUUUUCUUUGUUUUGUUUUGUUUGUUAAUAGCUGGUGGUGGAACUUUGAAUCACUUGCAAGUGGCUUUAUUUGAUAAUGCUUUUAAUUGCCAGUAAGAAUGAGGUUUAAUCAGAACAAGCUUCCCCCAAGAAGAGCUUCUGUCAUUGUUUCACUACAGGGCCCUGUGGAUGCUCUUACCUCUAGCAUAGAGUCGGUAGCAGAGUUGCCCCUUAUGUCUUUGGACUACAUGAUUCCAGUCCAAACUGCAAGACAGGAAGGAACUGAAUAGAAUAUACUCCGUGCUGGAUUAGGAUGUACCUAAUCUGUGCACAUCCUCCAUUACUCAGUAACCUGUGUUCUCUGAAUGAAGAACUCUAUUAAUUGACUUUGUUGUCUGGAACAAGAGAGGAAUCCUUACUACCUCACUACUUUGAAACCUAAUUGCUGUUCAUGCUGAAAUAUCAGUGUUUUUUGUUUUUUUGUUUUUAAAUCUUUUCGUGUGAGAGUGGUGCUUGAAAACAGAGCACCCAAAUUACCCUUUUCUAUUGCUAAGUAUAGAUGAACAAUUUUUGCAAAUUGCCAUUCUCAGGAGUAAACAUGGUAUGCUAAUGGGAAGCAGCAGUUCUUAAAAUUCUUAAACAUAGAGGUGUUACUGUCCAUAAGUUCCUUGUAUAUCCAAAUGUGCAAUAGUCUGCCCCCCUCCUCCUUUAAAGUAUAUUUUGUAAAAAAUUCUUUCCUGGCACUGUUUUCAGACUCAUGUUAACCCUUCAUCCAGUUGAGACAACAUGGGUUUGUCUAAUGCCUGUUGAGCUCAGAAUGAGAUGUAACUUUAAAAAAUAUGUUCUAUUGUGGGGGCUGCUAAGCAUUUCAUGUUCAGGUUUGCUCAGUCCUGCCAAAGGUAUUAAAUUUGGGUUUGGAUGAUGCUCAGAAGCAGCUUUUUCUCUUUGGAAGAACAGCAAAAGUUCCUGUUGCAGUGAAGUGCAGUUUGAUUCCUCAUUUAGCUUUUGAAGAAGGUGCAUUGUGGGGUGUGGGGAGGGGGGUUGGUUGGAAGGGGGAGCUAUUUGAGGUAAGCCUCCAACUCUUCCAGUUCAACUCCAGCCACAGCUUCCUUUGUGCUGUAAAAGCUGGAUGCAGCUGGGGGGGCGGGAUUUUUCUCUGUAGUGGAACCAAUGACAGAAGCUGUUCUUUAGAAUUUCCAGGAUGGCUGUAUUCUGCGAUCAGAAUGAGACAGUCAAGCUGGGCCAAAUCCAACGCCAAGAUGAAAGGUAAGGUGACGUUUAUUCAUGGGAAUGCUUAAGAUAGUCAGGCAGCUAAGGGCAGCUAUUUCCAUGAUAGUUUUCAGAAGUAAUUUCCCAUACCUCUGCUAGUUUUGGUAGCUAUAAUUUUUGUACAGUUUUAUAUGAUGGCAUUCUCUUCAUUGCUUUAACCAAAAACAAUGUUAUAAGAUUGAAAAUGUUGUCAUUUUCCCUCUUAAUAUUGCUAUAACAACUUUCUUCAAAUCUUAAAAAAGUAAGCAACAUUUCUUAUUCUACACUGGAGUUUCUGAUUUUGUGUGCAAUAAAAAGGAACACUCUAAAUUAGAGAAGAAGAGAAUUCCUUCUGAUGUUGCACAUGCUCUGCUAGAGACUUUCCCCCCUGUACCACACCUGUCAGUGUGUUGUAAGGUUUUGGCUCAGGAGUUAUUGGCUCUUCCACUGACUCAGCUGCCUUUGUAGGAUUGAAUGCUAGGAAAGAACCAAAUGCCUUCUUGCUUAAGUAACACCAAGCCAGCUGCAUAGCCUGCUAUGUCUUGAACAUGAAGGAUGUAAAGCAAGGCCAAUGGAGGAGAAAGCUGCCUUACAUAACCUUGAAACAUGAGCUGUUGCACUUUGAUCAGGAAUUUGUAUAAGGCUCUCUUUUUGUGCUUUUAAUGGUCACUUUGGGAACAUGAUGGACACCUGGCUCUUAACAUGUGCACGUGGAAGUGCAUGGGAGAAAUGCUAUACAGUUGAGUUCUCGAUUAUGACAUUCAGAGUUGACUACCUCAGGACUCAAAUGCGUGUUCUGCCUCCAUUUUUUAAUCUGUCACUUGAUGCUGGGCUUUAGCAGCUAUUACCUUUGCUUGAAGCAGUGUGCGUUCGUUUCCCAUCCAUUCUUGUGUUGCACAGAACUCUGAUUUGCAAACCUUAGUUUAGUCAAGAGGACUUCCUGCGGACUCUGAAAGCCUUCCCAAACCGCUGCCUUGGUUUCAGAUUUUUGUGGUUGGCAAAGGUACUUCAGCUCUGAUUAAAGAACCCUAAACGCCAGCAUCUGUAGGCAUCAUUGAAAAAGUCCGACUGGGAAGCCUUUUCGUAGUAGAGCUCUGUUAAACCAAUCACGAAAGCCCACCUGGCCUUGGAAGUCUUCCUGACUAGCCGCACAAGUUUCGCUCUUCCUCGGACUUUGUGAACAAAUACUGGCUCUGCUUUUUCAUGUAUCGUUUAAAUUCUGUGUGUAUGUGAAGUUUUAACUUGGUUUUGUGUCGGAAGCCAGACUGUUAUGUUGGAUUCAGGCCUUGUAUAACUUUUCCUUGUGUGUGCAGAUUUGUAUGUUUUCCACAGCACCUUUCUUUUCUUUUCUUUUGUACAGUGUUUGUGAGAUGUUUUUAUCCAUUUUAAUAUGGUGGCACUUUACAAAAUAAUAAUAAAGUUACUGCUUCCAUUUAUUAGUACUUAAUAUUGCGAUGAACGUGAGUUGUGUACUGCACUGUGCCCCUUGGUCAGCACACGUGAUGGGGGACACGUGCUUUGGUGCUGUUUCCCUCUCUCUUUGCAGGUGGUGUUUGAAAUGUGAUUGCCGAGGUAAAAUUGUUUUUGUCUUUUGAGGGGGGAGGCCGGGGUGGAGUGGGAGAAGGGUUGCAUUUUUUUUUAAUUGUUGCUAUCGCCUUUUUUAUUUUCUUGCUUGUCCUUUUCUUUACCAUUAAACUGCUGAUGUUUAUUUUCAGGAAUGUUUUGCAAAAUGUCCUUCUCACACUCUUCCCCAGUUCAACUGCCUUUGUUGUGAAACACCUCCUUGAAUACACGCAGCAAACGGAGCCCAACCUGCAGUACAGCCUCUUGUUAGUUUUUGGCCUCUUAAUGACAGAGAUAGUGCGCUCCUGGUCCUUGGCUUUAACCUGGGCUUUAAAUUACCGCACUGGGGUCAGACUGCGCGGAGCUAUCCUUACCAUGGCUUUUAAGAAAAUACUCAAGCUGAAAAAUAUCAAGGAAAAGUCUUUGGGAGAGCUCAUAAACAUGUGUUCUAAUGAUGGACAGAGAAUGUAUGAGGCGACAGCAGUGGGUAGCUUGUUGGCUGGAGGUCCUAUCGUUGCUAUUCUUGGCAUGGUUUAUAACGUCAUCAUACUGGGACCAACAGGUUUUUUGGGAUCGGCAGUCUUCAUUCUCUUCUACCCAGCAAUGAUGUUUGCAUCCCGCCUCACAGCUUAUUUCAGAAGGCAGUGUGUGUCUGUAACCGAUGAGCGUGUCCAGAAAAUGAAUGAAGUUCUUAAUUACAUUAAGUUCAUUAAAAUGUAUGCCUGGGUCAAAGCCUUCUCUCAGAACGUUCAAAAAAUCAGAGAGGAAGAACGCAAAAUCUUGGAACGUGUUGGAUAUGUCCAGAGUAUCACUGUAGGAGUGGCUCCUAUAGUUGUGGUCAUUGCCAGUGUGGUGACCUUCUCUGUUCAUAUGAUCCUUGGCUAUGAUCUAACAGCAGCUCAGGCUUUUACAGUGGUUACAGUGUUCAACUCGAUGACCUUUGCUCUGAAAGUCACACCUUUUUCUGUGAAGUCUCUUUCUGAAGCAUCUGUUGCAGCCGACAGAUUUAAGAGUUUGUUUCUAAUGGAAGAGGUUCAUAUGGUAAGGAAAAAACCAGCCAACCCACACACCGCCAUAGAGGUGAAAAAUGCCACCUUGGCAUGGGAAUCCUCCCAUGCAAGUGUCCAGAGCUCCCCAAAGAUGACUCCUAAAAUGAAAAAAGACAAGAAAGAGAAGGGCAAGAAAGAGAAGAUGAAGUUGCAGCAACGCGAGGGACAGCAGGCGAUGCUAGCUGAGCAGAAGGGUCAACUCUUAGUGGACAGCGAUGACCCGCCAAGCCCGGAGGAGGAGAACAAAAAUGUCCAUCUAGCAAAUGUCCGGCUGCAGAGGGUUCUUUACAAUGUUGACCUGGAAAUCAAGAAGGGGAAACUUGUUGGCAUUUGUGGCAGCGUGGGGAGUGGGAAAACCUCGUUCAUUUCAGCCAUUUUAGGACAGAUGACUCUGCUGGAAGGCAGCAUUUCUGUGGAUGGAACAUUUGCUUAUGCAGCCCAGCAGGCCUGGAUUCUCAAUGCAACACUUAGAGACAAUAUCCUCUUCGGGAAGGAGUUUGAAGAAGAAAGGUAUAACACUGUGCUGAAUGACUGCUGUCUCAGACCUGAUCUGGCUAUCCUACCUAAUGGAGACUUGACAGAGAUUGGUGAACGAGGUGCAAACCUGAGUGGGGGGCAGCGCCAGAGAAUCAGCCUCGCUCGAGCUCUGUACAGCGACAAGGACAUUUACAUCCUUGAUGACCCUCUCAGCGCCUUGGAUGCCCAUGUUGGAAACCACAUAUUCAACAGUGCAAUACGGAAGCACAUGAAGUCAAAAACGGUUCUCUUUAUCACCCACCAGCUGCAGUAUCUUGUGGAUUGUGACGAAGUGAUCUUCAUGAAAGAGGGUUGUGUCACUGAGAGGGGAAGCCAUGAGGAUCUGAUGAAUCUGAAUGGUGACUAUGCAACCAUUUUUAAUAACCUGCAACUGGGAGAGACUCCACACAUUGAGAUUAAUUUAAAGAAAACCACAAACAAUUCAUUGAAAAGACACCCAGAUAAAGGCACUAAAACAGGAUCUGUGAAGAAAGAGAAAGCCGUCAAGAAGGAGGAAGGUCAACUCAUGCAGCUGGAAGAGAAAGGCAAAGGUUCUGUCCCUUGGUCAGUUUACGGCGUCUAUAUCCAAGCAGCUGGAGGCCCCAUUGCUUUUAUCAUCAUCAUGGCUCUUUUUAUAUUGAAUGUGGGCAGCACUGCAUUCAGCAAUUGGUGGCUGAGUUACUGGAUCAAGCAAGGCAGUGGGAACACUACUCUCAUGUUGGGAAAUGAAACGGUUGUGAGCAGCAGUAUGAAGGACAACCCACAUAUGCAUUACUACGCUGGCAUCUAUGCGCUCUCAAUGGGUAUCAUGCUGAUUCUGAAGGUUGUGCGUGGCGUCGUCUUUGUCAAGGGGACAUUGCGAGCCUCCUCCAGGCUUCAUGAUGAGCUCUUCCGACGGAUACUUCGCAGCCCUAUGAAAUUUUUUGAUACAACUCCUGCAGGGCGAAUUCUUAAUAGGUUCUCCAAAGACAUGGAUGAAGUUGAUGUUCGCCUGCCAUUUCAAGCGGAAAUGUUCAUACAGAACGUCAUCCUGGUGUUCUUCUGUGUGGGAGUGAUCUCUGGUGUCUUUCCAUGGUUCCUGAUGGCAGUUGGGCCCCUUGUCGUCCUUUUUAUAGUGCUGCAUGUUGUAUCAAGAGUCUUCAUUCGGGAGCUGAAGCGUCUGGACAACAUUACACAGUCCCCGUUUCUCUCACACAUCACAUCAAGCAUUCAAGGCCUCUCUACGAUCCAUGCCUACAAUAAAGGGCAGGAGUUUCUGCGCAGAUAUCAAGAACUGCUGGAUGACAAUCAAUCACCCUUCUACUUGUUCAGCUGUGCAAUGCGCUGGCUCGCUGUCAGACUGGAUAUUGUCAGCAUUGCCCUCAUUACGACCACUGGCCUAAUGAUUGUUCUCAUGCACGGCCAGAUCUCGCCUGCCUAUGCUGGGCUGGCCAUCUCCUAUGCUGUUCAGCUUACAGGGUUGUUCCAGUUCACAGUCAGGCUAGCUUCAGAGACAGAGGCCCGCUUCACCUCAGUGGAGAGGAUUGACCACUAUAUCAAGACUCUUUCUCUGGAGGCUCCAGCUCGGAUUAAGAACAAGGCUCCCCCUCUAGACUGGCCCCAGGAAGGAGAAGUCAUCUUCGAAAAUGCAGAAAUGCGCUAUCGGGAGAACUUGCCGCUUGUCCUCAAGAAAGUGUCCUUCACCAUCAAACCCAAGGAAAAGAUUGGCAUUGUGGGAAGGACAGGGUCAGGGAAGUCCUCUCUAGGAAUGGCUCUCUUCCGCUUGGUUGAACUGUCAGGAGGCUGCAUUAAAAUUGAUGGAGUGAAAAUCAAUGACAUUGGCUUAGCAGAUCUCCGGAGCAAGCUGUCCAUAAUUCCUCAAGAGCCUGUGUUGUUCAGUGGUACCGUGAGAUAUAACUUGGAUCCUUUCACGCAGUACAGUGAAGAGCAAAUCUGGGAUGCUUUGGAGAGGACUCACAUGAAGGACUGUAUUUCUCAGAUGCCCAUGAAACUUGAAUCUGAAGUGAUGGAAAAUGGUGAGAACUUCUCUGUCGGGGAGAGGCAGUUGCUUUGUAUUGCCAGGGCAUUACUGCGCCGUUGUAAGAUCUUGAUCCUGGAUGAAGCAACAGCUGCCAUGGACACAGAGACUGAUUUGCUGAUCCAGGAGACUAUCAGGGAGGCAUUUGCAGACUGCACAAUGCUGACAAUUGCUCACCGCCUGCAUACGGUUCUGGGCUCUGAUCGGAUCAUGGUUCUGAUGCAAGGGCAGGUGAUGGAAUUUGAUACUCCAUCGGUUCUCCUGUCCAAUGAGAACUCUCGCUUCUAUGCCAUGUUUGCUGCUGCAGAAAAUAAGAUUGCUGUCAAGGGCUAAAAUUCAGGGCAAUGUCACUUUAAUCUGGAGGGUAACAGUUUCUGCCUGUGGCAGGAACUCCUCUGUCUUCAUGUUCUCCAAGCAGAUUAUUGCCUUUUCAUCUUUUAAUUUUUAGCAUUGUGGGUCACGAUUCAGUUCUUUUCUAAAAAGUACUGUAAGGAGGGUUCUUUAUGGUUUUUAUUAUGGUAUUUAUUCCAUAUUCUUGUUACUAGUUUUUUGCUAUUAAAUGCACUCUACAAAAUGGCUCAGGGAGCCAUGAUUAUAAAUUUAUCAAGAGGCCUAUAUUGAAGCUUUAUACAUGUAGCUAUAUCUAUACAGAAUUCUGUACAUAGCCUAUAUUUACAGUGGAAAUGUAAGCUGUUUAUUUUAUAUUAAAAUGAGCGCUGUGUUAAUACCAGUGCAUAUUCUUUUCUAUCAUUUUUGUACAGUUUUACGGUACUGGGAACCUGGCUUUUUCCAGGCUGCGUUAGGCCCUGUUUCGUCUUCUGCAGUCUGUUUUCUCUUAGCGCUGGAAUUUCCCAGAUCUCUGGAUGGAAGUGGGCUUUUGCCCUUGUCUCCUCCUGUGUCCUGUUGUCACUGUCCUUCACAGAGGAGAGAUGGGUUCUGUUGAUGUGGUUUGGUUUCAUCAGACCCAUCAUGCUCUUUGGCACAUUGCUAGGGCACAUGGAAGUAGGGGCAGCUGUUUCCCAUAACACGCCUGCAGUGGGGGUCAGGUUUCUUUGUGUCUCUUGUGAGAUUCAUAAAUGAGCUUUGUCAGUAGCAAGAGAGGAAGAACCACACAUUAGCAUUAGGUACCUUUAAAGAAAAACUCAUUGUCACUCGCUCUGGUGCAAUAAAGGGAAUGUGAAUACACAUUCUCUAUCAGCAGAGUUCGGUUUAUAUUUUAUAGAAAGGAAAUGCAAACUGCUUCCGCUUUGCUGAGCACAUCCAUCCAUCAUUAAUGAAGUACAGCAAUUAACCACCAUCAGAUUGAUACCCUGGUGCUGUCUGCAAAAGUUUUCAAAGUGGCCUCUGCUGAAUUAUAGAUCUAGUGAUCUAAAUACGCUAAUACUUGGGAAGCUUUUCAGAUACUUGGGUGUUUGUAACAAUUAAUUCUUUGCCCUACUCUGUCUGCGUGCAAGCUUUUUAUUUUCUGCAUAUUUGUUACUAUAAUUAUCCCUCCCACCACCACUGCAAUUUUUAGCAGGCUCCUGCUGAUCAGGGUUUAACACUGGUGUAGGAAAUUUUAUUUUCUUACUGUAAAGAGACCUACCUCAGGUGCUGAGUCCUGUGUGGUACGUUACCAUGGUUACUGUACGCCAUCCCUGUUGUCUGGGGCCAGUAGCCCAGGUGGGCAUGGUCAGUCUUGUAAUAGCUGUGAUUUUAAAAUUGGUCAGCGUUGCAUGUAUUUUUUUUCCUCCUCUUUUUUUUCCUUUGGUCCAGUUGGACAUUUUAUAGCCUUAGCAUGUUUGCAAAUUGUCUUGUUGAGACAGAAAUCUGAAAAAGUGAAUAAAAACUAUUUUGGGCUUUGUAAAA